AUGUCUACACUCAACAUCGACCUGACCGAGGAGCGUCCGAAGGUUCCGGAAAUUGUGGCGUUCAAACUGGAUCAGGAUUCUCCAGUUUUGAAGAACAACCUCCUGACCCUCAUCCCAAAACGAACAAGAUCCGCAGUUUCAAUGCGUGCAGAUGAGACAGACAACUGGGGACAAGAGGCACUCGAUGAGAAGGAAGCCUACAUUCUUAUUCUUCGCGACCCGAGCAUCAAGAACGAGUUGUUGGAUCGGUUGAACACCUUCCGGCGGAAUAGAGAGCUCUGUGAUGCAGUGCUCUUUGUCAAGGAACGAGAGAUUUUCGUACACAAAGUGGUGCUUGCUGCCGUCUCCCCAGCACUUUUCGACAUGUUCAAUGCCGAUUAUGAAGGUAGUCAAGAAGAAAAGUCGUUGACAUCAAGCCCAACCAACGGAGAAGGACAUACCAAUGGAGUGACAAAUGGCAAUGGAGUUAUCGCCCAAACCAACGGAUCUCCAGGACAAACUCAAAAACCGGAAAAGUCAUCAACAAAAUUCUAUGAGUUUGCUCAAACUGACUUCGAGUGCUUCGAGGCUCUUGUCAACUUUGCCUACACUGCCAAUUUGGAAAUCAGCUCCAAGAAGGUGGCCGAGCUCUACAAAACUGCGUUUGCCCUUCAAAUGAGCCCUGUCAUCAAGGCAUGCGCAGCCUACUUGGCUGACAAUCUUCAAGUCUCCAACUGCAUUGGAGUUCGUCGUCAGGCUAACUUCCACAAUGACAACUUCUUGAUGAGCAAGGUUGACCAGUUCAUUGUUGACAACUUUGAUUCCGUUGUUAAUGACAGCAAAGAGUUCACUCAACUUCCUGUAGUCCAGGUCAGAAUCAUCGUUCCAGCUGAUGAUGGAAAAGUGGCUAACAACGCCAACAACCAAGGCGGCUUGGCAGAGAUGGCCCUUUUCUACUUCCAAAACAUGCCACAUGACCGUGCGGAACACUCGAUUGAACUUCUCACCUGCAAGACCCAUAUCUUGUACAUGGACGAGAAUCAUCUUGCCGAUUGUAUUGAUAUGGAUGACCAUUCUUCGGUUGGAAGUUGUGACAUCAUUCGAGACUACAAGAAAUCUGGAAAGGAUAAAAAAGAUCUCGCCAAGGCUAUGACUGUCCAGGAGCCAAUCAGCAACACAGCUGUGCAGCACAGAGUGAACGGAGCAGUGCCGGUUCGUUUGAAUGCAUCUCGGAUGCCCAAUAUGAAUGCGUCAAAUGAAAGUCUGGAAUCAGCUGGUACCGAUGAAUCCGACCCACAGGACACCAUCGAGGCCAGAUUGAUCUCCACACACCGCACUGCACCGCAAUACUGGGUUGCUCUCGUGGUCCUCUACCGUCGCCUCUGUGUCCUGAGCCUUCAGCUCACAGACAACGAGGAACUGCUUCGCACCAAAACCCAGUCAGUGGAUUCGCAGAAGGCUGCUCUUCUCUCUCGGCUCAUUUCAUGCCUUGGGAAGCAGCAGAAGCCCUUGGAGUGCAUGAGUGCACCCCGCUGCUCGAUUGGAGCGUCCUUCCUGCAUGGAAAGAUUUUCGUUUGUGGAGGAUACGAUCGCGGAGAGUGUCUGAGAAGUGUAGAGGAGUACGAUGUGGAGCAGGGAAAGUGGCGAAAUCUCGCCAACAUGAAGGCAGAGCGAGGACGAUUCGAUUGCACCGUUCAAGGAGGAAAGGUGUAUGCGGUUGCUGGAAGUAAUGGAAACAAUGAUCUCAAGAGUGCAGAGGUCUACGAUCCAAAGACUGACACAUGGGCUCCACUCCCAAACUUGAAGACUGCCAGAUGUCACAACGGUUGUGCUACUAUUGACAACUUCAUCUACUGCAUCGGUGGAUCGUUCGAUCAGACAGUUCUCAAGGAUUGUGAACGAUUUGACACCAGCACUCUCGGUGCCGAAGAUGCUGCUUGGGAGCCGAUUGCCUCAAUGGACCAGGCCAGAUACCAGGCUGGAGUUUGCACAUGGAGAGGACUCAUCAUUGCCGCUGGAGGAUGUGAUCGUUGGACUUGUAUGGAUUCUGUGGAGGCGUUUGACCCGAAGACCAACGCAUGGCGUCAACUUCCGAAACUUCGUCAGGCAAGACGUGGAUGUGCUAUCGCUGUGGUUAGAGAAGCCCUCUAUGUAAUUGGAGGACACGACGGAACUCAGUCAUUGGAUACUGUGGAGAUUUUGGACAGCCCAUCUUCUCAAUGGCGUGUUGGGCCGACUCUUACUACUGCAAGAGCAAACACUCAUGCUGUUGUCACCGCUGGCAAUGUCAUUUUCUGUAUUGGAGGUUUCACUGGAGUGAAGUUUCUCGACACCAUCGAACUCUUGGAGAAUGAACCAAUCGGAUGGCGCAACUGGCAAACCUGCCCCGAACAAAUUCUUGAGGAGCAAGAAGAGGAGGAAUCGAGUCAAAUGGACAAUGAGACUACCUCCAGUGCUCCAUCUUCUCCUUAA